AUGGCGGCUGUUACAGCCCUUUCCUUGGCAUCAGACAUAGGAGUUCAACAAGCUAUCUUAGAAGGAGACUCACUGGAAGUUUUUAAGGCUCAAACGGAUGAUUCGGUCCCUUUAGCUCCAUUUGGUUUAUUCAUAGAUGAGGUGAAAAGUUUAUCCUCACAAUUUGUUAAAUUACUUUAUUCUCAUACAUUUAGAGAAGGUAAUUCUUUAGCUCAUGGUCUGGCUAGACAUGCCAUUGGCAUACCAGGUUUCCUAGUGUGGAUGGAGGAUGUUCCACCACAUCUUUAUUCUGUAGUUCAAGCCGAUUUAAGAGGCGCUUUUUAA